AUGCCUCGUCGCCGCCAGAACCAAACCGACGGCGAUGCGCCCGAGCCCACCCCCAGCGCUCAAGACCUCGAGCAGUUGAGGGAGUACCUGAGCAGUGAAAAGCCGCCCGUGGACGAUGACCUCCACCAGAUCGUGGGACCCGAAGAGCCCUUUUUCAACGCCGGAUGGUCACAAGCCGACGAAGACGCCGUACGAAGCGAGUGGGAUCAGUCAGACGAGAAGCAGUGCCUCGCUCGCCUCCCUCCGAGUCUGUUGCCCCCAUGGAAGGUCGCGAUGCGCAUCUUCCGGUCCACUCCUGUGGGAAUCAUCUCUCCCCUCCAGAAUCUCGUAUACCAGCCGCUCCCAGCUACGGGCCGAACUCAAACCUCUCCCAUUUACUCGGAGCCGUUCUCCAAGAGGUUUGCUGCGCUCAUGGCUCACCCCUUCUGGCAGGGCGAAGUCACGACACUGAUCAUCGCCAUCCAAUACGCCGUCAUCUGCCGCCUCGACGAUCGGAGGUACUGGGAGGUUCCCAUCUUCUGCGAUGCCAUGCGAGCACUCACAAAUGACAUGGAUGAAUCUGGAACGGAGAUGCCCGAGCCGAUCCACGAGAUGCAUGUUGAGGCCAGGUCUAGGUGUGGAACGGGCCGCCCUCCCUGCGCCAUCUCGGAUUUCUUAGAGCACGUCGGUAAUGUGGCCAAGAGCACUCAAUACCCCCCGAUCCCUUCCACUCAGAUGGAGUGUCUCGGAAUGAAGGUGUACCCUGUCACUCUGAAGGACCUUGAUGUGCUCACCCAGGCACUCAACACCUUCAGCCAACAAGGGCUCCCCAUUUUCUGCAAAGUCUCCAUGGCUUUUGAGGCCUACAAGGAGGCGAGUAGUCAAAGGGAUAUGCCCAGCGCCAACCAGCUUCCGGGUUUUUAUGAGCGGGCUGUGCUAUGUGAUCGUCGCGUGAUUGUACAGAUGACACGACGUGGAGAAACUGAGCACGAGUCGCGUGCCGUCACUCGAUGCUCUUCUAUCAUCAAUGCUGAAUCGAGUAUCCCUUCACAGUCACGAACGCAAUCGACACUCCUUCUAUCGGGACUCCUCCGAUCACAGACCCAGCGCAGUGGUCUUUCCACUGCAUCAACCGUUCGUCGCCCGGCUUCUCCGACCGCUCCUCAAGGGAGUGACCUCAACAAUGCCCAGAUCCAGGGCCAAUUAGACGAACUCGUGAACCAGAGGAUGGGCGAGAUGAGGAGCCAGCUGGUGAGCGAGAGGAGCCAGCUGAUGGCCGAGAUGAGGAGCCAGGUGGUGGCCGAGAUCAGGAGCCAGGUGGUGGCCGAGAUCAGGAGCCAGGUAGUGGCCGAGAUCAGGAGCCAAGUGGUGGCCGAGGUGGUGGCCCAGGUCGAGGCCACGCUGGGUGACGAAAGCUCCCGCGAACCAGGCCUCUCCCGACGUCGUCGGUAUCAACUCCCGGAACCAGAGCAGGAUUCAGAUGAGGAGGGUCUCGGUGGCCUAGAUGGGGACGAUCUCGGUGGCCUUGGCGGGAACUCUGACGUACCCAUGACCGAGCCUACACCAGGCCCCAGGGACGAUCCACGCAGCCCUAGUGAUCCGCUUGAAGAAGACGUCGGUAUUUUACUGGGCCCUACCCCUGCUGGUUGGAAAAGUCUCGAUCUGGGCCGACGACGUCACGCAACGACAAGAUAUCGCCCCAUGCGCAGAAUCCGUAGCGCACGGAAUGAGGACCGCGAUGAGGGCACGUCUCGAUGCGUGGGUGAAAGUCGGAUGGGUGUUAUACAGAUGAGGCGUAACUAG